UGGUUGAAUUCAUUUUACCGUCUGCAUAGUCCUGGUCGUCGUCUUAAUCGCAUGUCUUGAUGUCAAUGCUGUGUUUAAGGUCUGAUUGAGUGUUAAAUUUCUAGCUUGAAUCUGAAUAUGUCAUACUUAGGACGACUUGGACGCGUUUCACUCAGAGGGACUGCAGAAAUAUUGAAGCUUUCGAGAAUAAGAAGUUCAAACGUGAGGCUACUAGAAGAUGCCUACCGGUGCUUCUGCGCAACCUUGCCCAAAAGCAAAAAAGAAACUUUUGAAGUAACAUUCGUCACAGAGAAUGGACAAAAGCUAAAGGCAAAAGGAAAAGUUGGAGAAAGUCUUCUCGAUGUCGUAGUGAAUCAGAAUGUUGACCUGGAUGGAUUCGGCGCAUGUGAGGGGACGCUUGCUUGCUCUACGUGCCAUCUCGUCUUCAAGCCUGAGGACUAUGCAAAGCUGAAUGAGAAACCAUCAGAUGAAGAACUUGACAUGUUAGACUUGGCAUACGGGCUGUGUGACACAUCCCGACUAGGCUGUCAGGUGUACUUGACAAAGGAAAUGAGUGGAAUGGAAGUGAAGGUACCAGGAGGCGUGAAUGAUGCACGGGGUACACCCACAUGACUCAGUGUUUCAUAGACUUUAUUGAUGACAGCAGUGCAUCCCAUGUGUGGGCUGCUGUGCUGCUCAACAUUGUCCAUAGGUGAUCCGUUAUAAAACAAUUGUUUUUUACACGAUGAAUUGUGACAAAUCUUCCAAGAUGGAGGUUCUGACACGGCGAGUAAUGUUUUUCUUUGCAUCACUUUUUUAUGGUAUGUGUCUACACACGGGGAGAACUUUUAGACUGUGCAUUCAAAGCUGACUUUAAGCAAUAAACGUAGCCACAUUCGUU